AUGUAUCCGUUCAAGAAGUUUUCGUUGGGAGAGUUGAAAGGAAUAUCAAGCAACACCCACAAGCCUGUGGGCGAUCCGGUGCUCUACAGGCUUAUUACUCGCCGAUAUUGUGAAUUUCUGCAAAAGCACGUUCCAAAAUCUAUUACGCCGAAUACAAUUACUUGGAUAGGAUUGCUGUCAAUCACAGCUAGCUUUCUUCUCACAGUUAUGCUGGACUGGACCUUAAAGAAUCCUCCACGCUUCCUUCAUCUUGUUAACGGCAUUUCAGUGCUGGUUUACCUUACUACAGAUUCGCUAGACGGAAUCCAUGCUAGAAAGUCGAAUCAGUGUAGUGCGAUCGGAAAGAUUCUUGAUCACUUCGUCGACUCAAACAACGUGUUCUUUUGUUUGGUCAUGCUCUGUUCUACCUUGAAGAUAGGAUACUCCCAGAUAUUUGUUUGUCUCUUUUUGUGCAUGCUGUCAGGCUUCUAUAUUGUCGAAAUAGUUGAAAAGUACACUGGAUAUCUCAAAUUUUCCACUAUUUCUGGGUCCAGCGAAGGUCUUUAUCUGAUGGUGUUUUUUCAUAUGCUUGCAUUUGCCAACCCC